AUGCCGCCCAACCUCACCGGGUAUUACCGCUUCGUCUCCCAGGAGAACAUGGACAACUACCUGCGCGCUUUAGAUAUCAACGUGAUCUUGCGAAAAGUGGUUUGCCUUUUGAAGCCCGAUAAAGAGAUUAUCCACACGGGAGAUCACAUGGUCAUCCGCACAAUCACUUCCCUGCGAGACUAUGUAAUGGAUUUUGACCUGGGAGUCCAGUUUGAGGAAGACCUGGGACCUGUGGAUGGACGCAAGUGCCAGACAACUGUCUCCUGGGAGGGGGAUCAGCUGGUGUGUGAGCAGCUGGGAGAGAAGAGGAACCGAGGCUGGAGGCACUGGCUGGAGGGGGACCAGCUGCAUCUG